UAUAUACAAAAAGAUAUAUACUUUUAAUCACAAAUUGAAAUUUUAUGCUGGAAGAAUCAACAUCGCCCCGGCUUGGGCUUAAGCUUGGGAGGAGGAAAUAUCUUGAUAGGCAAAACGUAAGAAAAAAGAAAAAAUAAACGGUGCGACCGGGUAUUAUUUUGGUAAACCCGAAAGGAAGAGAAUGGGAAGGGGAAGAAGUGGAGGUGGAGGUGGAGGUGGAGGAGAAGGUGAGCUUCAUGCAGCGGCAAGGUCCGGUGACUUGAAUGCGGUUCAGUCUAUUCUCAGUUUAAAUCCUUUGGCUGUUAACUCUAGAGAUAAGCACUCCAGAACUCCAUUGCAUUUGGCAGCAUGGUCAGGGCAUGUACAUGUGGUGAAUUACCUCAGCCAACAGAAGGCUGAUGUCAGUGCUGCUGCUAUGGAUGACAUGGGCGCGAUUCAUUUUGCUGCUCAAAAGGGUCAUUUAGAUGUUGUCCGGACUCUGCUUUCAUCUGGGGUCUCUGUCAAAGCUACCACCCGAAAGGGCCUAACUCCACUUCACUAUGCUGCUCAAGGGUCUAAUCUUGAUCUAGUCAAGUACUUGGUAAAGAAAGGUGCAAGCCUUGCUACUAAGACGAAAGCAGGGAAGACCCCGCUUGACCUUGCAAGCAACGAAGAAAUCCACUUGUUUCUGGAAAAAAGUGAGCAGUCAUCAGAAAAGGCAAAUCUGAAUGCAAAAGAGAAAUUGGAAGAGUCCGAUCCAAAGCCAGCAAUGCCGGAUAAAUCAGAGAUUGCUGAUGGUGAAGCUCCGGGUUCAGAAGAACAAGAGGCUGAAAAUGUUAAAAGGAAGGGUGAAGAAGAUACUAAGGAAACCUCUGGAGAACAAAAAAGGCGAAAAAUCACACUUAAUCAUCUUCUAAGUGCAGAUGAUACUCAAGAAGAUGAAAACAUGUGAGGAGAGAUUUUAGUGGAAGGCUAACCCAUAAAAUCAAGCACCCCAACAGAUAGGGUGGCAGCAUUGUAAAGCUCUUGAUAUUGAGUUUGGAUUAGUUAUUGUAUGAGGUAAAGCAGUUUUAUUUUGAUUAACUAGCGAAACUACUGUUUUUCAGUUUUCCAUUAUUGAAGAGCUCGUGGAACAGAACAAAAGUGAAAAUGGUGCAGUAUAUUUCAUUCUCCAUACUCUGUGGUGGGAGACAGUUUAAUUUGCAUAUAUAUAUAUAUAUCAACUAAAAUUCUUACA